GGGUCGUGUUGGCCGCUGAGGGGACUGUUCUUCCGGUCAGAGGCUCCUGGGCGCCGGGCCCGGGCCGUGGUGACGGCACUGAGGAGGCGCGAGCGGAGCCGCGGUGCGCACCGCAGGAGGCGGGCCUGAGGGGCGGCGGCGCCGUCCGGGGUGACCCCGCCUCGGGGUCGGGCUGGGGACGCCGGUGCCCGAGCGCCCGCUCCGCCCGCAGCUGCGAUGGCGGCGCCCCCGGCCCAGAUUCCCAUGACUGCAGAAGUACUUACGGAACCCACACAGGUUCCCAUGAUGGCAGAAUCACUUAUGGAGGCUACACAGGGCUAUGUGACCUUUGAGGACGUGGCCAUUUACUUCUCCCAGGAGGAGUGGGGGCUCCUUGAAGAGGCUCAGAGGCUCCUGUACUGCACUGUGAUGCUGGAGAACUUGGCCCUCAUAGUCUCUCUGGGGUGUCGGCACGGAACAGAGGAAGAGGAGGCACCUGCUGAGCAGAGUGUUUCUGUAGAAGGAGUGUCAAAGGUCAGGACUCCAAAGACUGCUCUCUGCCCUCAGAAGUCUCACCCCUGUAAGAUGUGUGUCCCAGUCUCAAAAGACAUUUUUCACCAGGCUGAACAACAACCAACAUGCCCUGGACAAAAACCACACUUGGGUGGUGCAUGUGUGAGAGGCCUCAGGAUGAGCACAAACCUUCACCAGCACCGGAAGUGUUACAGCACAGGGAAGCCCUGCACGGGGAGUGUGGACACGGCCUGGAUGGUGAAGAGCUGUGGAUUCCACAUGCCCCGGAAGUCUUCCGUGUGGGGAGAGGUUGGCAAGGACUUCUCAGCCGCCUUGGGCCUUCUGCAGCAUCAGGCCUCUCUUCAUGGGGAGAAGCCGCCCAGUGGCACUGAGUGUGAGGAGGCCUUUCACAGUGGAAAAAGUCCUUACAGCUGGAGUGAGUGUGGGAAGGCUUAUAGCCGCAAACACACUCUUGUUCGCCACCAGAGAGUCUGUACUGGAGAAGGGCUUUUUGAGUGUAGCAAAUGUGGGAAAGCCUUUAACUGUAAGUACAGACUUACUCAGCACCAGCAAAUUCAUUUUGGCGAAAGGCUGUAUGACCUUGUCAAAUGUGGGAAAUUCUUCAGCCAAAUCUCUGGCCUCAUUCAACGCCAGAGAAUUCACAUCGGAGGAGAGCCCUAUGAGUGUAGCAAAUGUGGCAAAUCCUUCAGCCGUAGAUGCACCCUCGUACAACACCAGCGAGUGCACAGUGGGGAAAGGCCAUAUGAGUGCAGCAAAACUCACCCUGGGGAAAAGCCUUAUGAGUGCAGCGAAUGUGGGAAAUUCUUUAGCAAACACUCCCACCUUAUCGUGCAUAGGAGAAUCCACACUGGGGAAAUGCCUUACGAAUGCAGUGAAUGUGGGAAAGCCUUUAACCAAAGCUACAGCCUCAGGAAACAUUGGAGAGUUCACACUGGAGCAAGGCCUUAUGCGUGCAGUGAAUGUGGGAAAUCCUUUAGCCAAAGCUCCACCCUUUUUCAACACCGAAGAGUUCAUUCCGGGGAACGGCCUUAUGAGUGCAGUGAAUGUGGCAAAUUCUUUAGCAAAAGCUCCCACCUUAUUGUGCACAGAAGAAUCCACACUGGGGAAAUGCCUUAUGAAUGCAGUGAAUGUGGGAAAGCCUUCAGCCAAAGCUACAGUCUCAGAAAACAUUGGAGAGUUCAUACUGGAGCAAGGCCUUACGAGUGCAGCGAAUGUGGGAAAACCUUUAGCCAAAGCUCUGUUCUCACUCAACACCGGAGAGUUCACACUGGAGAAAGGCCUUAUGAGUGCAGUGAAUGUGAGAAAUCCUUUAGCCGCAAAUUUGAUCUCAUUCAACACCAGAGAGUUCACACUGGAGAAAGGCCUUAUGAGUGUAUCGAUUGUAGGAAAUCCUUUAGCCGCAACUCCAACCUCAUUAAACACCGGAGAGUUCACACUAAUGAAAAGCCUUAUGUGUGCAGUGAAUGUGGGAAAUCGUUUAGCCAAAGGUGUAGCCUCAUUAGACACCGUCGAGUUCACAUGGGAGAAAGACCUUGAUGUGCAGGGAAUAUCCUCAUUCAGUAUAACGCUAGGUGUGAGCCUGUGUGAGGGCGGGAGGCAUCUAUCUGAAUAGAACCUCGUUUAUUCCAACAUGUGCAGGUAGGAUGGGUCCUCGGUGCCAGGUGUGCAGGACGCUGUAAGAAGCUGCGUUGCACUUUCUGAUCUCCAGUUUCUGUGACAUAAGUCGUAACACCCCUGCCUUCUCCUGCCAGGUCCACGCUGUGCUACGGUCACCACCCUAACAUGGUCAGGGGAGCAGCAUAAGCCCUGAGGGGGCCCUCGAUUCCUUCUCUCUACAGCUUUCGUUAAGGACCUGACUGGUUUUGGCCCAAAGGACCUGCGUAUGAUUUAUGUUGGCAUUGUGUACAGAAGGAUGACCUUUUUUUAGGGGUGGUUGAUGGUCAUGAUGCUUGUGAUGGACCCCCAAAAAUUGAAAACGGGGACUAAAGUGGAUACUUCUACACCCAUCUCUGUAGCUGCAUUAUUCAUAGUAGCCAAAAAGUGGAGUCAGUUCAGAUGUCCACCAACAGAUGAACCGAUAAAGAAAAUGUACUUACACACAACGUGUGCUACACACUGCACCUCCCGCCUGGGGACUGACGUCACCCCUGCCCCCUCCUCAGGCAUCCCUCCCCAGAAUUCCCUAGAAGCAUGCCAAGCUUUGUCUGCUGUAACCUUAAACAUUGCCCGCCCCAGGCACUUCUGGUUUUGAAGAAAGCACAUACCAGGAUGUUUUCCCGGAACUUACAUGCAGCCCUCUGGCUUUAGUCACCUUUGUCCCUCAACCAUGUAUUACCUGCAGAGCAGUAGCCAUAGGUGUGGACCUACUGGAGUGAACUUCUUGCCAGUCUUGCUGUCCAUCAUGAGGUAGCUGCAGCUCUCUGUAAGUAAAUCCCCUAAUAAAUGCUUUUGGACAGAUCACCCUAGUGUUUAGUGCCUCAUUCUUUGGAAUGCAGCUGGCCCCGUUUUAGGGCCAUUUGGGGCAUUUCUGUCUGGGGCUCCUAUUUCUUUUUGGGGCAAGUUCUGCUCCUGACUUAUUGGGACUUAACAAUUGGUAUAGUUGUCAGGAUUCUGGAUUUGAAGAGGGCUGGGGAAAAGAUCCAACUGGGGAAAUUCCAGGCUGGCCAUAAGAGUCUGUGUGGGGCCCCGUCACAGGUCAGUUAAAUUUCUGGGCCACUCCGAGGGUAUGGUGAUG